AUGAGGCUAACUGGCGAACAUCAUGAAAUAAUAAUAAGUUUUGCUGAAGCCCAUCCGGAAAUUAUCACAAAUAAAUUUAUGGGGCUCAAUGCCAGACAAAACCAGGGUAAACUUUGGCAGAAACUGACGAACGAUUUGAAUGCUUUGGGAUAUGGUGUUUUAACUGUGGCCGAAUACAAGAGGAGAAUUACUGAUUGGAAGAGUAAAACCAAGGGCAAAGCUGUAGAUUUAAAGACGAACCUAACAAGGACUGGUGGAGGGGAAGGUUAUCACUCUGGUCUCUCAAAAAUUGAACAAAGGUUAUUAGCCCUAAUGGGCAAUAAAGCCUAUGAAGGUGACAGUGUGAAAGAGUUAGGAUUUAAGAUCCAUCAAUCAAGAUCUGCAGGGGUAAAUUCCCCUCUAGUUUGCCAAGAUCAGAUGCCUAAAGAAAAAAGACCAAGGCUUUGUGAAGAAAAAUUACCCGUAACAUCAAAGUUGCGCCCUUCCUCCUCUUUUGCUAAAGACAGUCAAAAAAUCAUAUUGGAAACAAGUCAGACUGACAAACCCUCAAACAAACCUGCAACAGUAACUUCCGGAGUACUCUUCGGUUGCUCUACAAAGCAAUUCAUUUAUCCAUAUGAAUAUGAACCAGAAAAUAACGCCUUUGAAGAUACAUACACAGAAGAUAACAUUGUGGAAAUUUCACAAGAAAAUGAAGAAGAAAAUGUAGAUCCAGGCAGAUGGAGCUUAACUGAACAUCAGUAUUAUAAGACAGAAGAAACUGAAAAAAAAUCAGAACCGAAGACCCCUUCUGCAUCUACUUCAAGAAGAAGGAAUUUAAGUCAUAUGAGCGAAUCUAUUCAAAAUAUGAACAAUAAAACUCUUGAUGUCCUGAAAAGUAUUAGUACAAAUUUAGAGGGUGUUAACGAUAAUUUAACAGGCAUCAAUCACAGUUUAAAAACCAUAUCUUCAGUUCUAACCAAAAAGUUCCUUAAAAACUGA